AUCGAGGUUGAUAUCUCUCAAGGACUGCCUCAGAAAAUUUGGAUCGAUAACGGCGGGAUGGGUUUCUUUACACAUGUUUGUCAUAAAAAUCUACCAGAUUACUAUGUCCAGUGCAGGAAAUCUGGCAACUUGACCGGAAAAUGCAAUGACGACUGGUUUGAUCCUCCAACAGGCAACAGCACCAUCCAUGCACAAAUGACCAUUUGGUCAUACACUGAUUCACUGAAGCAGCUGGAGCUCCUUCUCAAAACUCCCACAUGUGAGCUGGGUCCUCCUCUUGAAACGAAUCAGCAAUCUACUUCAACACACACUUCUACUUCACAUGAUUUGGGUCCCCGUCUGGACAAUAAUACUGAUACAAAGUUUGGUUCUGAGACAACUUCAAUGCAGGAAAGUACUCCCAAGGAGAAGGCUUCAACACUUGAAGACACCAAGCGGUCACACCGAAGUAAUUUGGGCCCAAUUGUCGCUUAUAAGAAUUUAGAGAAAUCUAUAUUCCAAAUCCAACAAACAGCCUUGGGAUUUUGCCCACUCCUAUUCUUCCGCACGAAUUAGGACAAUCUCGUUUCUCCUACUUUGAUUUGUCGACGGCACCAAUACACACAUCCACGAUUGCUGAUGGAUCAAAUUGAACCAAUAGGGUGUAGUUCAGGAGUAAAACCAUGGUGAAAUUGGUGUCUCCGAAGAGGAGGAGACCUGAAAAAUCGGAACUUGAAAUGCAGUACGAGAAUUUCUUGAAACCCAUUUGAGAGAGGAAAGACAGAGAUCCAUGGUUUAUAUCCAUUAGCCCGGUGGUCUUGGAUUCCUCGUCGGAAUUGCUAAUGAAACGGAAUUCAUACAUGGAAGAUGGUUGAAGAACACAUCUAGAUUGACUGGAAUUUCAAAAGGUUUUUUUUGCAGAUGUACUAGUGGGAUUUCAGAUGUAAAAUUUGUUGCAUCUAGGACUUAAAGUUGUUAGUUU